AAAUGCCUAUAAAUAAAUACCAUAUUCCCAGAUAUAUAAAUACUUGAUAGCGAGUGGUAUCUAGACUAGAGAGAGAAGGGACAGCGAGCGAGCGAGCGAGCGAGAGAGAGAGCCGAGGUGUAUACAUCCUGCAGCUGCAUACGUAGAUAGAUAGAUAGAUAGAUAGAUGGUGAGGUAAGAGUGUAGAGGCUGGAAAGUGGAGUAAUUAAUUGUAGGGGAGGGCAGCAGAUAAAAACACCAAAGUGAAAAGAAAAAGGAGGGUUCUUUCUUCCCACCCGAAAGAAAAACCCUAGCGUUUGUUCCUUGCGAAAAUUCCGAGGUUAUUGCAAGCGAGCGAGGGCCCUGUGUUUAGUUUCGCGAGGAUGGGAUGCCGACUCAGAUCUGGGAACUGUAAAGCGUUUGCGUUUUGAUUUCGUUAGCGGCAAGGGUUUGAGAGAAAGGUUGUGGAGGAGGUGGGGUUAAUUUGUGAGGAGGUGCUUCUAUUUCGCGGGGGGAUUCAAUUGUAUUCACUGCAAGUUUUGUAGAUCGUGCUAGUUUCAAGGGUUUCUCACUUUUCCCAUUCGGGGUUUAUUUUCGCCUUGUAAUAUGCUCUGUGACUGUUAGCAUCUUGGGACGUGCUGUAGGCUUAACCAUGUGGAUUUCAAAGAUGGAGACAGGGUAUUUAUGUUUGUGUUGAAGUUGAUAUGUGGAUGAAGCAAUUGCUAACAUUAUAGGAUUAGUAUCUUUGUGCCCUUGUAGAUUUGUUUUCAAGCUUGUGGUUUCCGGAGAUUAGAACACUGCAAUGUGUAUGAAAUGCUACCCUGAUUUAGGGGGGAAUCUGUUGUUUCAUUAAGAAGGAAGGGUGCCUAGGGUGCUCGCUCUGUCUGUGUUGAAGUUGAUAGAAUUGGGAGAUUAGUGCCCUUUUGUUUGAUUGUAUUGUACUUCUUUGAAUUAUAUUGUUUAUUAGUGGGGAUUUUGCACUGGAGUGGUUGGGGAUACCGGGAGGCGUCACUAUGUCGUCCUUAAGCCGGGAACUAGUUUUCUUGAUAUUACAAUUCUUGGAUGAGGAAAAGUUCAAGGAGACCGUGCACAAGCUGGAGCAAGAAUCUGGUUUUUUCUUCAAUAUGAAGUACUUUGAGGAUCAAGUUCAAGCCGGUGAAUGGGAGGAGGUUGAGCGGUAUUUAAGUGGAUUUACCAAGGUUGAGGACAACCGCUAUUCUAUGAAAAUAUUCUUUGAGAUUAGAAAGCAGAAAUAUCUUGAAGCUCUUGACAGACAAGAUCGUGCCAAAGCUGUUGAGAUUCUUGUUAAAGAUCUCAAGGUGUUUGCCUCUUUCAAUGAAGAUCUUUUUAAAGAGAUCACACAACUAUUGACCCUUGACAAUUUUAGGCAGAAUGAACAGCUCUCUAAAUAUGGAGAUACAAAGUCAGCACGCACCAUUAUGCUGGUUGAGCUUAAGAAGCUUAUAGAAGCAAACCCAUUGUUUCGCGACAAGCUCACAUUUCCUGCUUUUAAGGCUUCGAGGUUGAGGACACUUAUCAACCAAAGUCUCAAUUGGCAGCAUCAGCUUUGCAAGAAUCCACGACCAAGUCCAGACAUCAAAACACUCUUUACAGACCAUACUUGUGCAUCUAGUAAUGGCACACGUGCUCCCCCUCCUUCAAAUGCGCCACUUGCUGGGCCUGUUCCUAAACCUGGUGUAUUUCCACCUCUUGGAGGCCAUGGUCCUUUCCAGCCAGUAGUUUCUCCUCCAAGUGCUAUUGCAGGUUGGAUGAGUGCUGCAAAUCCAUCUAUGCCUCAUGCUGCUGUUGCUGCUGCUCCCCCUGGCCUUGUUCAGGCACCUAGCUCUGCUGGGUUUUUGAAACAUCCACGUACCCCUCCGGGUGGUCCUGGAAUGGAUUAUCAGACUGCUGAUUCUGAGCAUUUAAUGAAGCGUCUUCGCGCUGGGCAACCUGAUGAAGUGUCCUUUUCUGGCUCUACUCAUCCACCUAAUGUCUAUUCAACCGAUGACCUUCCCAAAACUGUUGUGAGGAACCUUAGUCAAGGAUCGAAUGUUAUGAGCCUGGACUUUCAUCCACAGCAACAGACUGUUCUUCUAGUUGGAACAAAUGUUGGUGAUAUUAGCAUAUGGGAAGUUGGUUCUCGUGAAAGGUUGGCCCUUAAAACAUUUAAAGUUUGGGAGAUAGGUGCUUGUUCAAUGCCAUUCCAAACAACUUUGGUUAAAGAUGCAACCAUCUCAGUUAAUAGAUGUGUAUGGGGCCCAGAUGGAUCUAUACUCGGUGUUGCUUUUUCGAAGCACAUUGUUCAGAUAUAUACCUACAGUCCAGCUGGAGAGUUACGGCAGCACUUGGAAAUUGAUGCACACAUUGGUGGCGUGAAUGACAUUGCUUUUGCCCAUCCCAAUAAGCAGCUCUGCAUAGUUACAUGCGGGGAUGACAAAACCAUUAAGGUUUGGGAUGCUGUUUCGGGGCGCAGACAAUAUACUUUUGAAGGCCAUGAAGCUCCUGUGUACUCCGUCUGCCCUCACUAUAAAGAGAAUAUUCAGUUUAUAUUCUCUACUGCCAUUGAUGGGAAAAUAAAAGCUUGGCUUUAUGAUUCAUUGGGAUCAAGAGUGGAUUAUGAUGCCCCGGGGCUGUGGUGCACAACAAUGGCAUACAGUGCUGAUGGAACCAGGCUCUUCUCUUGUGGAACCAGCAAAGAAGGUGAAUCCCACCUGGUUGAGUGGAAUGAGAGUGAAGGUGCCAUCAAGAGGACAUACUCUGGUUUCCGGAAGCGUUCAUUGGGUGUUGUGCAGUUUGACACAACCAGGAACCGAUUCUUGGCCGCUGGUGAUGAGUUUCAGAUAAAAUUUUGGGACAUGGAUAAUACCAGCAUCCUCACUUAUACAGAUGCUGACGGUGGACUCCCUGCAAGCCCUAGAUUAAGAUUCAAUAAGGAAGGUUCACUGUUGGCUGUUACAACCAGUGACAACGGAAUUAAGAUCUUGGCAAAUACUGAUGGGCAGCGCAUGUUGAGAAUGCUGGAAACAAGAGGAUUUGAUGGGUCUCGUGGUCUUUCUGAGCCAAUGAAUGUCAAACCUGCCCUUGCUGGCGCAUUAGGUCCCAUUACCAAUGUUUCAGCCACAGUAUCUCCUAUCCUUGAGCGCACAGAUAGAGUUCAGCAGCCAAUGUCCCUUUUGGCUAGCAUGGAAAGCAGCAGGGUAGCUGAUGUGAAACCUAGGAUUCUCGAGGCUCCUGACAAAAUUAAUAAAACCUGGAAGUUCCCGGAUGUAUCUGAACCUUCUCAGCUAAAGACGCUGAAGUUACCUGACUCACUCACACCAAGCAAAAUUGUGCGAUUGUUGUACACAAAUUCUGGGCUUGCUGUUCUGGCACUAGCUUCCAAUGCUGUCCAUAAGCUUUGGAAAUGGCAGCGCAAUGAACGCAAUCCAUCUGGAAAGUCAUCUGCCUCUAGUGUGCCUCAGCUGUGGCAGCCAACUAAUGGGGCUCUCAUGUCAAAUGACUUGAAUGACGCCAAACCGUCUGAAGACUCAGUUGCAUGUAUCGCAUUGUCCAAGAAUGAUUCAUAUGUCAUGUCUGCAUCAGGGGGAAAGGUCUCCUUGUUUAACAUGAUGACCUUCAAGGUCAUGACAACUUUCAUGCCGCCGCCACCUGCAGCUACUUAUCUGGCAUUUCAUCCUCAGGAUAACAAUGUGAUUGCAAUUGGAAUGGAAGACUCUACAAUACAGAUUUACAAUGUGAGGGUUGAUGAGGUUAAAACCAAGCUCAAGGGUCACCAGAAACGGAUUUCAGGACUUGCAUUUUCUCAGAGUUUAAACAUAUUGGUUUCAUCUGGUGCCGAUGCUCAGCUGUGUGUCUGGAGCAUCGAUGGAUGGGAGAAGAAGAAAUCACGUCCAAUACAGCCACCUCCAGGCCAGUCAGCACCCUUGAUUGGGGAAACCCGAGUGCAGUUCCAUAAUAAUCAAUCUCAUCUGCUGGUUGUUCAUGAAAGCCAAAUUGCAAUUUAUGAUGCUCAACUUGAAUGCCUGCGCUCGUGGUAUCCAAGAGAUUCGCUCUCCUCACCUGUGUCAUGUGCUAUAUACUCAUGUGACGGCCUGUUGAUCUUUACUGGAUUUUGUGAUGGUGCGGUUGGAAUAUUUGAUUCUGAAAGCUUGGCUCUUCGAUGCCGGAUUGCGCCUUCUGCUUAUAUUUCGUCACCUAUCCCCAGCAGCAGCGGAGGCGGCAACUCCUUCCCUGUAGUGAUUGCGGCCCAUCCAUCAGACCCGAACCAGUUUGCACUGGGCAUGAGCGACGGUGCAGUCCAUGUCAUUGAGCCAUCUGAUGCAGAGACAAAGUGGGGCGGCUCGACCUCUCAAGAGAACGGCGUCUUGCCAUCAAUCCCGUCAAGCUCAGCAAUGAACAGUCAGCCGUCGGAAACCCCAUCCAGGUGACAUGCGAUGUGAUGUGGCUAUAAUCAAUCAUUGAAAUCAUCUUGUCUGGGUUGGGGAAAAGGUUGCAAGUUUUUGGCCUACUAUUAUUGUAAAGUCUUUUUAUCUUCUUUACUCCAUGAAUGAUAUUAUCGACCAGUGUUUUCAUCUUCCUGACUAAAUAGACAAGAGGGGUUACUGUUACUCACAUCACUUCUACUUCUACUGGUGGCUAGCGAAACCAUUGUUUUUUUUAUUUGUUUGUUUGUUGUAAACCUUCUAUAAAAUUUUAUUGCUGAUUUUUAUUAGUGGUAUUUCAUGAAUGCUGUUUGUUUGA